GAGAGAGAGAGAGAGAGAGAGAGAGAGAGAGAUAUGUUGCGUCUGUGAUAGGAGUGGCAGCGCUGGCAUUGGUGGCUUCAGUUAAACAUGGCUGCGCAGGACGAGCUUAAUCAACUGGAGCGUGUGUUCAUGCGGUUAGGUCAUGCAGAAACAGAUGAGCAGUUGCAGGACAUUAUAUCCAAAUUCCUGCCCCCUGUACUGCUCAAACUGUCCAGCGUGCAGGAGGGGGUACGGAAGAAAGUUAUGGAAUUGCUGGUGCACCUGAACAAAAGGAUAAAAAGUCGACCCAAGGUCCAGCUUCCUGUGGAGACGCUGUUGGUUCAGUAUCAGGACCCAGCUGCAGCAUCUUUUGUCACGAAUUUCACUAUCAUCUACAUAAAGAUGGGCUAUCCCAGGCUGGAGGUGUCCAAACAGUGUGAGCUCGCACCUACUUUACUCACAGCAAUGGAGGGUAAACCUCAGCCUCAACAGGACAGUCUGAUGAACUUGUUGAUCCCUACACUAUAUCACAUGAAAUAUCCUUCAGAGCCGACUAAAGCUUCCCCGUUUGUACUGACGGAGAGGCCCAAAACUGUACAACUGCUCCUAGAGUUCAUGCUUGAUGUUCUACUGAUGCCUUAUGGAUUUGUGUUAAAUGAGCCUCCUAGUCGUCCGACCCCCGCGUCCCCACAGGGGGGUUCUGGAUCUGGGGCAGGAGCUGCUGCGGCACAGGGUCUCCCUCAGCCCCCUCCAGGAAUGAGCGUUUACGCCGUAAAGAGAGUCAUUGGAGAAGCUCAAUGGAGCCCAGAACAAUUGGAGCAGUGCAAGUUGGGGAUUGUGAAGUUCAUAGAGGCAGAGCAGGUUCCUGAGGUUGAAUCUGUCAUUCACUUAGUCGUGGCCUCGAGUGACACGAGGCACAGCGUCGCUACAGCAGCUGAUCUGGAACUGAAAAGCAAGCAGAGCAUUGUUGACUGGAACAAUCCAAUCAUCAUCAACAGAAUGUAUAAAGUUUACCUGGGUGAUAUUCCACUCAAAUCAAAAGGGGCCACAGUUAAACAGGAACUGAAGCACGAGCCGGUCAGCACCAGAGUCAAGCUAAAGAUUCUGCCGCAUCUGCUCCGCUCCAGACUGGCUGCUGAAUGCUUUCCUGCUAAUAUACAGGUUGUCUAUGAUGGGCUUUUUGGAGCAAACACCAACAACAAACUCCUGUCUCUCACUCUGCAGUUUGUGCAUCAUAUCUGUAUGGUGUGCCCUGAUACUAACAAACCACUGGGUUUAAUGCUACUGAAUGGCCUUACCAAGCUUAUUAAUGAAUAUAAAGAGGAUCCUAAACUAUUAUGCAUGGCAUAUUCUGCUGUUGGAAAACUUUCAAGCCGGAUGCCUCAGCUUUUCACGAAAGACAUUGCAUUGGUGCAGCAGUUUUUUGAGUCCAUGUGCAAGGAGGAAGCUGAUGUGCGGCUGGCCAUACAGGAGGCACUGUCUAUGAUGGUGGGAGCAUAUGUUAACCUUCAAGGAGCGCUGCUAAACCUAAUGGAAGCACUUGUAGCUGCGUAUAUUGCAAAGCCGGAGGUACAAGUGCGCCAGGUAGCAAUGAAAUUUGCAAUUACUGUGUUCGCACCUGAUCAUGUAGCGUCAAGAUAUCUCUUACUGCUGGCUGCGGGAGAUCCUCGUGAGGAGGUGUCUGGAGAAGCCCAGCGGGCCCUUCGGUCUCUCCCAUCUAAGCGCUCCGAGAAAGAAGGACCGAAGCCGAUGCCUUCAUUCCCAGAGAUGGUCAGCUACAUCCAGGAGAAGGCCGCGCAGAGACUGAAGACUCCUGCGAAAUACAUAGUUGGUACUUCUACACUGCCUUACAACCCUGCCACAUUUGGAGAGAUUGUUCUUUAUCUUCGAAUGUGUCUGGUGAAUAGCGCAGGAGCCACGGCCACUUCUCAGAGCUUAAUCGACAUGCAAGAUGAUGCUCCUCUUAUUGGACGCUAUGUUCAGUCACUGCUGUCCAAUGAAGUUUCUCCUUCCUUCGCCCCUAAGGGGGGAGAGGCCAAUCCAGUUCACGUGUACAUGGAUUUACUGCAUCAGCUACUGUCAGCUGUAGGAGGUAUUCCAGUAAUGUACUGUCUGUUAGAAGUGGUCUCCGUGUGCCCAGAGAAUCUUGCUCCCAAGUUUGUCGACAAAAUCGACUGGAUAAAGGGUCUCAUGAACACUAACAAAGAGGACAUGCGUGAGUUGGCGGCUCAGCUGUACGCUGUGGUCGUCUCGUCUAUGUCUGGAAAUGAACUUAAGAGCGCUGUACAAAACCUGAUCAAGACAACUAAAGACAGUCAUAGUCCUGAGACUCAGCAUGGUGCCAUCUUGGCUCUGGGAUACAUGGUGGGCAGAUACAUGAGUAAGAGGCGGACCCGAAUGCCUAAUGAAGCCACUCCCAUAGAAAACAAAGAACUGGUUGCCAUGGCAACCAAAACGAUCGGUUCGUUUUUGAACAGCGAGUCUCCGCUGUUGACUGUUGCGGCGGUGACAGCGUUGGGUGAGAUUGGGCGGAACAGCGUGCUGCUGAUACCAGCGGAUGGCGACGGCUUCAGCAAACUCGGUCUGGUGGAUAAUUUGCUCGCUCGGAUCCCCUCGGGGAAAGAGACUGGCAAGAUGAAAGAACGUGCCAUCCAGACCCUUGGGUUCCUGCCGGUGGGAGAUGGAGAAUUCCCACACCAGAAGAAAAUCCUGCAGGGCCUCAUGGAUUCAGUGGAGGCCAAGCAAGUUGAGCUACAGUUUACAGUGGGAGAGGCUUUAACUAAUGCUGCUAUAGGAAGCUGUUCUGGAGCCGCCCGCGAUGUGUGGACGUGCACAGAAGACCAGUACUGCCCUCCUGACAAUGCAAAAAAUAAUGAUAUAGUGCCCUGGGUGUUGAACUCGGUCUUGUCUAAAUACAUACCCAGUCCAAACCCUCACGUUCGACAGGCUGCCUGCAUAUGGCUCCUCUCUUUAGUUAAGAAACUCAGCCAUCACAAAGAAAUACAGUCCCACUUAAAGGAGAUACAGGCGGCCUUUAUUUCCAUCUUGUCUGACCCUGAUGAACUUAGCCAAGAUGUGGCGUCUAAAGGACUCGGGUUGGUUUAUGAGCUUGGAGGAGAACAGGAUCAACAGGAACUGGUGUCAACUCUCGUGGAAACUCUCAUGACUGGUAAAAGAGCCAAACAUGCCGUCUCGGAGGAUACUGAAGUCUUUCAGGGGGAGGCCCUUGGCAAAGCUCCUGAUGGACACGGGCUGUCCACCUAUAAGGAGCUGUGCUCAUUGGCAAGUGAUCUAAACCAACCAGAUCUUGUAUACAAGUUCAUGAAUCUAGCCAAUCAUCAUGCCAUGUGGAAUUCCAGAAAGGGGGCAGCAUUUGGAUUUAACAUCAUUGCCGCAAAGGCAGGUGAACAGCUGGCAUCUUUCCUACCUCAGCUGGUGCCACGCCUCUAUAGAUACCAGUUUGACCCCAACCUGGCCAUCAGACAGGCCAUGACAAGCAUCUGGGAUGCUCUUGUGACGGAUAAAACCAUCGUGGAGAAGUAUUUUAAAGAAAUUCUUCAGGAUGUCAUAUCCAACCUCACCAGUAACAUGUGGAGGGUGCGAGAGUCAAGCUGUUUGGCGUUGAAUGAUCUGAUUCGCGGAAGGCAGGCGGAUGAAAUCAUCGACCGCCUGGCAGAAAUCUGGGAGACUCUUUUCCGGGUCCUGGAUGACAUUAAGGAAUCGGUUCGUAAGGCAGCAGAUUUGACUCUGAAGACUCUCAGUAAAGUGUGUGUGCGCAUGUGCGAGUCUACAGGUGUCACUGCUCAGAGGACGGUUGCCGUGUUGUUGCCAGCUCUACUGGACAAGGGCAUCAUCAGCAAUGUGACUGAAGUGCGAACUCUUAGUAUCCAAACUCUAGUGAAGAUCAGUAAGACAGCAGGCAGCCGUCUCAAGCCACACGCUCCUCGACUCAUCCCGGCUCUGCUGGAGGCUCUGAGUGUGCUGGAACCGCAGGUGCUCAACUACCUCAGUCUGAGAGCCACCGAGCAGGAGAAGAGUGCCAUGGACGCUGCCAGGUUAAGUGCCGCCAAGUCCUCCCCUAUGAUGGAAACUGUUAAUAUGUGUCUACAGCACUUGGACGUGUCUGUGUUGGGAGAGCUUGUUCCCAAACUCUGCGAUCUGCUAAAAAGUGGAGUCGGCCUUGGAACAAAGGGUGGAUGUGCCAGCGUAAUUGUGUCACUGACGGUGCAGUGUCCACAAGAUCUCUCGCCAUAUUCAGGUAAACUCAUGAGUGCACUCUUGAAUGGGAUCAAUGACCGCAGCAGUGUCAUACAGAAGUCAUUUGCCUUUGCCAUUGGACAUCUGGUUAGGACAGCCAAAGACAGCAGCGUGGAGAAGCUUCUACAGAAACUCAACACCUGGUAUCUGGAGAAAGAGGAGGCGCUGUACAAGUCUUCAUGCUGUCUGGUGGUUCAUGCCAUCAGUCACUACAGUCCUGAUGUGUUGAAGGCUCAUGCAGGAGUGGCUCUACCGCUGGCGUUUCUGGGCAUGCACCAGGAACCCGAGGAGGAGAAGGGAGAGAGCGCUGAAGCCAACCUGUGGACUGAGGUCUGGCAGGAACAUGUGCCUGGUAGCUUUGGUGGAAUCCGGUUAUAUAUGACUGAGCUCAUAGCCAUUACUCAGAGGGCUUUGCAGUCACAGUCCUGGAAGAUGAAGGCUCAGGGUGCAGCUGCCAUGGCAACUAUCGCCAAGCAACAGACAGGCUCGCUGGUGGCACCGCACCUGGGCAUGGUGUUGAGUGCACUACUACAGGGGCUCGCCGGACGCACCUGGGAUGGGAAGGAAGAGCUGUUGAAAGCUGUUGGAUCUGUGGUGUCUAAAUGCAGUGUGGAGCUACAGAAGCCUGCAGCGGGUCAGCCGACUAUCAGCCAGGUUUUAGAUCUGGUGCUGAAGGAAUGUAAGAAAGAGAGUCUGGUUUAUAAAAUGGCGGCUUUACGCAGCGCUGCAGACAUCUUGGAGUCGACGCAGACGGAUCGGUUUAAAGAAACCACUGAAAUUGUGCUUCCCCUCAUUAGAAAGAAUCAGCCGGCAAGUGCCGGUUCCCCGAGACAUGAUGAUGAUGACGACGACGCUAAAGCUCGUGAAUUACAAACAGAAGUGCUGUUGUGUGCGUUUGAAACGCUUGGAAAAGCUUGGCCGAAAACAGUCCAGACACAAAGUCAAUUCCAGGUGGAGGUUUGUAACGUGAUGUGUGUGAGACUGAAAUUGAGCAUAUGGAGGGUUCAGCUGGGAGUCCUGCGUGCCAUGAGGGUCUUCUAUCAGGGUUUGUUGCUGUUGGAUAAAGAUCACCAGAAUCCUGCGGUUCUUAUUGAGAUGUUGACAGAGACCUGCACUGCCCUGGCAUCACCACUAGAAAACAAAAGUUACUCGUCUGUAAGAACAGAGGCUUUGGCCGUAGUGGAACUUCUUUUGAAGAGGAUUGAAGAAAGCGAUCAGUGGGACUGCCUGUCCGAGAGGAGUCGGCAACAGCUUCAGCGUUCUUUAGCUACCAUGGAAACGGACAACCGUCCAGACCUCAAAGAGAAAGCCCAGACAAUGAGAAGAAAAAUACAAGCCCUGCCGUAAACAACCUGCCCACAGCCAAGCUCUCUCCUAAGGGUUGAUUCGAGAAUCUCUACCAUAACUUCUAAUAAUGUUGUCACACACAAGUACACCUAUGCCAUACUUUUUUUUUUUUUUUAAAUACACGGAUACAUGUUGUUCCUGAUGAGAAGUGUGCAGUGGCUGUCACACAGACUUUAGCCUCUGCACAUUUAGAGUAAACCCGUCAUGUUGGCUUACAGCCAUUUCCAGUUUCACUUUGCCAUUUUGAGUUUGUACUUUUAUCAUUUUAAUCUUGAAUUGGGACAUUUAGAUUUGUGCGUUAUGAGAAUGCUUUCAGAUCUUUCAUCUGGGGCUGUCUAUUUUGCCAAUGUUACUGAAGAUGGUUGUGAAUCAGAAGUUAAACGUGAAAGUGCUAGUCUCAGAGAUGUAUUAGGAUCUGGUUUGUAUUAAGGCAAGAACAGCACUUCUGCACCAAAUACACUGGGUUUUGUGACUACUAGUUUUUUAAGAUGUACCCCUUAUUCCUCCGGUUUCCUACCAAUUUCUCCCAUCCUAUAGUGCACAUACUUAUUAAAUCUGUCUAUAUGGAAUUGAUCUUUGGCUUUAUCUAUACAAUGGCUGUUGGAAGAAUCACUGAGGACAUACUUAAGAUUGCAUUUUAAAGAUGAGAGUUGGUAUAUUGUAUUAAAGGGAAGUUUGUAACAUAAACUGAAACCUCAGACCUGCCUUUGUGUGUUUGCAUGUUCAUUUUUUUUAACUAAAUCAUAAAUCUUUGGAAGGAGGCAUGCUGGGUUCGUAUUGU